UUCUUAUGUUUUCUUUCUCGUGAGGCAUCUGAAACCGUGACGCAUUUUUCCCGAAUGACGUGUGACUCUAACGCUGGGUCCAGCCAUGGAAAGCGAACCUGGCGAUGGGAAUCUUUUGCAUACUUUUGUUGUUCAAAAGAGAUUCCCUCCAGGCCUUUGUAUGGACUUGGACGCAGCUCGUAAGAGUGAUUGUGGUCGAGAUCCGGGCCUCAAGCAAACGAUGCUGCAUGGCGUCACCGGAAGUCGUGGGAUGUCUCGAGACGUGGACACAACCAACAGCAGAACCAGAGCCAAGCCUGUGCCUGGUCCAGACAGAAACUUUCUCACCAGACGAGGUAGAUUGAAGCUUCCUCACAUCUCCACCUGCCGACAGACGGUGACGGUGCCAUCUCUGGCAGCUCUGCGAGUGGAAAGGCAAAAAGGUCGCGAACUCGACCGCUUCUUAGCCUCGUUCAAGAAGAAUCUCAAACCAGAGAAGGAGAAGAUGCAACAGGUCACUGUAGCCGGCAGCCGAGCCUCAACAGCUGUCUCUGAGAGUAAUAGGAAAGAAAGUGUAAAGUCUAAUACACCUCAAAAAUGUACGACAAAGAAAUUAUGGAAAAAAGCCAUUAGCUUGGUUUUAUCUGUUAUAAGAGUGGGCAACCAGAUGGCGCUAUGGUCUCUAGCACGGGAACGCAUUGCUCGUCAGACCUGCCCCGACACGGAUGAUGCAGAAUACGAAUUACUUCUUCGUCGGAUGCUGUUUCCGAAAGAAAAAGUCGAACAGGAAAUCAUCAAAGGGUUUACGCGGAGUAAACAGAUUCAAAGGAUCAUGUUGCUGCCACCAGAAAGAAGAACACGAAAGGACUGCUAUAUGGUGGUGUAUAAAUUACAGACCAUAGAGGAAUUUCAGAAGCUUCCUCUUCAUAUUCAGAUCGACAUUGUUUCUCGUGGACACUUAAUGAUAACAAAAAGCAAGCGAAUCCUUAUUCGCGAUGGACAUGAAGCCAUGAACUGGUAUUUCAUUGUGUGUGGAGAAGGGAUGAUGCGCAGUAAUGUGGUGGAUUCCAGACAAAAGCGGGAAAUUACGAUCUUAACGCAGGGCAUGUCACUUGGGGAGGCAGAAAUCAACAGUCAGGCUCCCUGGACGUGCACUGUGAUCUCAACAACACCGAUGCAGCUCAUCUACCUCAGUAAGAUGGACUACCUACAUAUUUUCCAAGAAAAUCUCGAGAUCCUCCCCGAGCACGUCCAGUUCCUCCAGGACUUGGACUUUAUGAAGAACUGGCCGAUUGAACUUCUCCUGAAGCACCCAACUCAAUGUACUCAGACCUACUUCAGAAAGAACCAGUUGGUGGUGAAGGACAGCAAUAGUUCAAAAUUUCUUUACAUCGUUCGCUCCGGUGAGUGUGCAGUAUACAUUGGCGUUCCCAGGACCUCUUUGUCUUGGAGAGAUCUGAUGCUGAAGCUGAUUCAUCCAAUGAUUAACAUAGAGGGCUGGCCAGAGGCCAGGACAGACACAGGUGAUGCCUGUCAGCCUCCGGGCGACUACUUGAGAUACAGACGAGUCUCGUCCCUCAGCAAGGAGUCCGCAGACUUGGCUUCAAUGUCGUGCCUGCAGCUGUCCGACCCGGACUACUGCACGCAGCUGUCCAGCUCCAGGCCUAGUCACCCCUCUGUCGCCUCUCGUCAAAAUGACUGGCCUUUCGACCUUUUAUCUAAAUCAAGCUUUGACAAAAUGACAGCCAGGGAUGAAAGUUCCGAUAAGGGGAAAGAGAAGAAGAAAAAACAGCAAGUAAAGGAGGAGAUGAAGGGGAAAAAAGGAGGGAAACCUGUCAGACUUAGCUGCCCAGCAGACAAAUGCUACACGGUGGCGGCAUCGGCGAUUGCUGAUGUGAACGAAAAGUUGUCCUUACAAGAUACCAGAAAGUUCUCACUUCCAGCACUGUUCAAGACCUCAUCCACAUCUACCAAGAAGCGGAAGAGCUCCUCCGGCUCCAGCGACUACGUCUACCUGCACAUCGACACCCUCAAAGUUGGAGAUGUCUUUGGCUUGAGUGAGCUUGACUUGCCCGACAUGAAGGUAUGUGUUCCAGCGGGAAAGCCUUGUCUGGUGAGUCUGGGAGCCGAGGUUAUAUUCCUGUCCAAAAGAUUCUUCUUGUCCUCCUGUAACCGCCUCUGUCAGGAAGACGUGUUUAAGAGCAGGCGUUUCUACCCGACUCAGGAAAAUAUGCAAAUCUGUUACCGCCUGCACAUGGCCUGGAAGCAGUACACAGACAAGGUGGUGAAGGAACUGCACGACGACAUCUUAAACGAGGGACGCCAGUUCUUUGGAACUUACUUCAAUGUUUGAGAAAUGACCCUGGACACGACCCUGCCAAACACUCACGACAUGCAGCGGAGAUUGAUGGCCACCCAUGUUACCUAUCAUGGGCAAACUAAAGCACAGGGCGAUGGGUGACGUCCACACCUACACUGUGUAUGUCACGGCGACACACCUUAGAUGUCACGCCCUCUGACGUCACACCCUUCUGCUCGAACACUGUCUUCACCAGCCGGCUUCAAGACAGUUUUGAUAUUAAUAUAUUUAUAUAUUUAUAUAUUUAUCUAUUUAUA